CAUUUAAGCAAAUUUCCUUUGUUUUUGUUUCAUCAGAUCCCACUUCCACUGAGACCGCUCCUACUGAGAUGGACAGGAAGCACAGAGGAAACCUGGAAAUACAUGGGGAGACCCCUUCAGUCACUUCCACUGAGACCGCUCAUACCGAGACGAUCAGGAAGCACAGAGAAAACCUGGAAACACAUGGGGAGACCCCUUCAGUCACUUCCACUGAGACCGCUCAUACCGAGACGAUCAGGAAGCACAGAGAAAACCUGGAAACACAUGGGGAGACCCCUUCAGUCACUUCCACUGAGACCGCUCAUACCGAGACGAUCAGGAAGCACAGAGGAAACCUGGAAAUACAUGGGGAGGACCCUUCAGUCACUUCCACUGAGACCGCUCAUACCGAGACGGUCAGGAAGCACCGAGAAAACCUGGAAAUACAUGGGGAGAACCCUUCAGUCACUUCCACUGAGACCGCUCCUACUAAGACGGUCAGGAAGCACCAAAGAAACCUGGAAAUACAUGGGAAGACCCCUUCAGUCACUUCCACUGAGACCUCUCCUACUGAGACGGUCAGAAAGCACAGAGGAAACCUGGAAAUACAUGGGGAGACCCCCUCAGUCACUUCCACCGAGACCUCUCCUACUGAGACAGUCAGGAAGCACAGAGGAAACCUGGAAAUACAUGGGGAGACCCCUUCAGUCACUUCCACUGAGACCGCUCAUACCGAGACGAUCAGGAAGCACAGAGAAAACCUGGAAAUACAUGGGGAGACCCCUUCAGUCACUUCCACUGAGACCGCUCAUACCGAGACGAUCAGGAAGCACAGAGGAAACCUGGAAAUACAUGGGGAGGACCCUUCAGUCACUUCCACUGAGACCGCUCAUACCGAGACGGUCAGGAAGCACCGAGAAAACCUGGAAAUACAUGGGGAGAACCCUUCAGUCACUUCCACUGAGACCGCUCCUACUAAGACGGUCAGGAAGCACCAAAGAAACCUGGAAAUACAUGGGAAGACCCCUUCAGUCACUUCCACUGAGACCUCUCCUACUGAGACGGUCAGAAAGCACAGAGGAAACCUGGAAAUACAUGGGGAGACCCCCUCAGUCACUUCCACUGAGACCUCUCCUACUGAGACAGUCAGGAAGCACAGAGGAAACCUGGAAAUACAUGGGGAGACCCCUUCAGUCACUUCCACUGAGACGGUCAGGAAGCACCGAGGAAACCUGGAAAUACAUGGGGAGACCCCUUCAGUCACUUCCACUGAGGAGAUCCCCACAAUGUCUCCAACAAUGACAACAACAAUGGAGAUUUAUGUUAACCUGGUCAUCGAUUUGAUUGUGAAAUUCAUCUCCAAGAACUUCGACGUAAUGAGGAAAAAAGGCAUCCUUUAUAUAGGGGGCGCAAUAGUUGCAGUAGUGAUCGCAGUUGCAGCAGCCUGCUACCUUUGCAAGAACAGAAAAAAGGCGAAGGACAAGCUAAAGUGGAUGGAAGAAGGAUCCCCAGAGGGGGAAGAAGGAAGCGCAGAGAUGGAAGAAAGAUUCCCAGCGCUGGAGGAAGUACUUGUUGUUAAGGUAAAGGGAGACACAGAGGGAAAAGAUGUCCAAUCGGUGAUGGAAGAAAGACACACAGCAAAGGAUGAACUAUGCAUAACGAUGUAUGAAAGAAGCGGAGAUAUAAUUGAAGAAUGCGAAGAGAUGAAAGAAGAAUGCGAAGAGAUGAAAGAAGAAGGCAGAGAUAUAAAAGAUAGACUUCCUGCAAAGGAAGAAGAACUUGCAGCGAUGGAAGUAAAACGCAUAGCAAAGGAAGAAGAACUUGCAGCGAUGGAGGCAAAAUGUGCAGGGAUGAAAGCAAAAUGCGCAGGGAUGGAAGAACAACUCGCAGCGAUGGAUGUAGAGCGUGUAAGGAUGUUAACAGAAUGUGCAGGAAUGGAAGAACUACUUGCAGGGAUAGAAGCAAAAUGCAUGAAGAGGGAAAGAGAGCUUGCAUACAAGAAAGAUUUACUUACAGCGAGGCAAAGCAUGUGCAAACUGAUGGAAAAACAACUCACAACUAUGACUGCAAAAGUCGCAUUAAUGAAAAGAUUCGUCGCAGUGAAUGAAGAAGCAAACGCAGCGAUGGAAGAAGGACCAGAAAUUGAGGCAGGCAAUGAAUUAUGCAAUAUUCCUUCCUUCAACCACGGGAUGGAGGACAAAGUCAGAGAUGGAAGUAAAACACAAAGCGAUGGAAGCGGAAAUUGCAGUGAUGGAAAAAAGACGAACAACGUUGGAAGAAGUACUCCCAAGGAUGAAAGUAGUACGUGCGGCAAUGGAAAAAAAAUGCUCAACGAUAGAAGGAGCAAUCGCACUCAAAAGGACAAAAGACCACCACGCUUGAGGUUCUGGAAAUAGAUGAGCCAGCCAAAUUUCGAACCGUCUAUGGCUGGCUUAAGGCAGGUUGUUGGAAAUGGGUUGCAGGGCAUGCAGGGAUGAGAAGUGUGGGAACAGGGUUUCAGGGGAUGCAGAGGUCAGCAGCACAGGAAGAGGGUUGCAAGGACUGCCAUAGUUGAGCAGAGUUGGAUUAGGGUGGCAAAGGAGGCAAAGGUAAGCAGCAUUGGAAGAGAGUGGUAGGGGAUGCAAAGGUGAGCUGCAUUAGAUGAGGGCUGCAAAGGAUGCAGUGGUGAGCUGUGCUGGAAGAGGGUGGCAGGGAAUGGAAUGCAGUGUUGAAGGUAGAUUACAGAGGAUGCAUAGGUAAGCAGUAUUAGAGGAGGGUGGCAGGGAAUGCAAACAUGAGCAGUGUUGGAAAAGAGUUGAAUAGAUUGCAAGGUUGAGCAGUGAUGAAAAAGGGCUGCGA